AUGGAGGCUACUACACAGGCUGCGAUAUGCCUGCCGGGUGCAUUUGGUAAUAUUCCCCAUCCGACUCUAUGCAACUCAUUCUAUAUGUGUACGGGAGGAAUUCCGAUACUGCUGCAUUGCAGUGAUGGAUUCGAAUUCGACCCAGAGAUUUCCGACUGCGUACCGAUUUCCGAUAGUGGCUGUACCGCUUCAAGAGUGACAUCAACCACCGACAGUAUUACGACAAUAUACGAUUCCACAACAAUUAGCGGGGAAUCAACCCACCAUGUCACGGAUAUUAGUACCGAUCAAACACAUACACUAACAACAGAAGCCACCGACCGGACACUGAGUACUGACGAAAACAAUACUACUUCGGAAGGCCCUGCAUCUACAACUUUUAAAAUAGAAGAGACUACCAGUAAUACUAAAUAUGAAAGUACCUUAACAACAUCAAAAGAAACGGUCCCUGAGGAUACUACAAAAGUGUCACAAACUACAACUGAAACUGUACACACCAUUGAAUAUUCUACGACAGAAAAUCCGAAAAUUACUUCAGAUAUAUUGACCACUUUAGAGAAUUCUCAGACGGACUCAACCCAAUCUACUGUUGGAGAGAUGUCAACAUCUGCACAACCUGUGACAGAUAACGUACUAUCUACAACAUUGCAGACGAAAACUACAAUCGGAGAAGAGAAUUUACCUUCGAAUCCAUCUCAAACAACGGAAGAUACGAUAAAUACUUUGAGCACUAUUAUUAAUACCGUCGAGACGUCUUCGGAAAUAUAUACAACUUCUGCUGAGGGAAUAACCACUGACAAAUCAGCUAUUACAAAUGACGACGCACAAACAACAACUGUGAAUAUGGAGGCUACUACACAGGCUGCGAUAUGCCUGCCGGGUGCAUUUGGUAAUAUUCCCCAUCCGACUCUAUGCAACUCAUUCUAUAUGUGUACGGGAGGAAUUCCGAUACUGCUGCAUUGCAGUGAUGGAUUCGAAUUCGACCCAGAGAUUUCCGACUGCGUACCGAUAUCCGAUAGUGGCUGUACCGCUUCAAGAGUGACACCAACCACCGACAGUAUUACGACAGUAUACGAAUCUACAACAAUUAGCGGGGAAUCAACCCACCAUGUCACGGAUGUUAGUACCGAUCAAACACAUACACUAACAACAGAAGCCACCGACUGGACACUGAGUACUGACAAAAACAAUACUACUUCGGAAGGCCCUGCAUCUACAACUUUUAAAAUAGAAGAGACUACCAGUAAUACUAAAUAUGAAAGUACAUUAACAACAUCAAAAGAAACGGUCCCUGAGGAUACUACAAAAGUGUCACAAACUACAACUGAAACUGUACACACCAUUGAAUAUUCUACGACAGAAAAUCCGAAAAUUACUUCUGAUAUAUUGACAACUUUAGAGAAUUCUCAGACGGACUCAACCCAAUCUACUGUUGGAGAGAUGUCAACAUCUGCACAACCUGUGACAGAUAACGUACUAUCUACAACAUUGCAGACGAAAACUACAAUCGGAGAAGAGAAUUUACCUUCGAAUCCAUCUCAAACAACGGAAGAUACGAUAAAUACUUUGAGCACUAUUAUUAAUACCGUCGAGACGUCUUCGGAAAUAUAUACAACUUCUGCUGAGGGAAUAACCACUGAAAAAUCAGCUAUUACAAAUGACGACGCACAAACAACAACUGUGAAUAUCGAGGCUACUACACAGGCUGCGAUAUGCCUGCCGGGUGCAUUUGGUAAUAUUCCCCAUCCGACUCUAUGCAACUCAUUCUAUAUGUGUACGGGAGGAAUUCCGAUACUGCUGCAUUGCAGUGAUGGAUUCGAAUUCGACCCAGAGAUUUCCGACUGCGUACCGAUUUCCGAUAGUGGUUGUACCGCUUCAAGAGUGACAUCAACCACCGACAGUAUUACGACAAUAUACGAUUCCACAACAAUUAGCGGGGAAUCAACCCACCAUGUCACGGAUAUUAGUACCGAUCAAACACAUACACUAACAACAGAAGCCACCGACCGGACACUGAGUACUGACGAAAACAAUACUACUUCGGAAGGCCCUGCAUCUACAACUUUUAAAAUAGAAGAGACUACCAGUAAUACUAAAUAUGAAAGUACAUUAACAACAUCAAAAGAAACGGUCCCUGAGGAUACUCCAAAAGUGUCACAAACUACAACUGAAACUGUACACACCAUUGAAUAUUCUACGACAGAAAAUCCGAAAAUUACUUCAGAUAUAUUGAGCACUUUAGAGAAUUCUCAGACGGACUCAACCCAAUCUACUGUUGGAGAGAUGUCAACGUCUGCACAACCUGUGACAGAUAACGUACUAUCUACAACAUUGCAGACGAAAACUACAAUCGGAGAAGAGAAUUUACCUUCCAAUCCAUCUCAAACAACGGAAGAUACGAUAAAUACUUUGAGCACUAUUAUUAAUACCGUCGAGACGUCUUCGGAAAUAUAUACAACUUCUCCUGAGGGAAUAACGACUGACAAAUCAGCUAUUACAAAUGACGACGCACAAACAACAACUGUGAAUAUGGAGGCUACUACACAGGCUGCGAUAUGCCUGCCGGGUGCAUUUGGUAAUAUUCCCCAUCCGACUCUAUGCAACUCAUUCUAUAUGUGUACGGGAGGAAUUCCGAUACUGCUGCAUUGCAGUGAUGGAUUCGAAUUCGACCCAGAGAUUUCCGACUGCGUACCGAUUUCCGAUAGUGGCUGUACCGCUUCAAGAGUGACAUCAACCACCGACAGUAUUACGACAAUAUACGAAUCUACAACAAUUAGCGCGGAAUCAACCCACCAUGUCACGGAUAUUAGUACCGAUCAAACACAUACACUAACAACAGAAGCCACCGACCGGACACUGAGUACUGACAAAAACAAUACUACUUCGGAAGGCCCUGCAUCUACAACUUUUAAAAUAGAAGAGACUACCAGUAAUACUAAAUAUGAAAGUACAUUAACAACAUCAAAAGAAACGGUCCCUGAGGAUACUCCAAAAGUGUCACAAACUACAACUGAAACUGUACACACCAUUGAAUAUUCUACGACAGAAAAUCCGAAAAUUACUUCAGAUAUAUUGACCACUUUAGAGAAUUCUCAGACGGACUCAACCCAAUCUACUGUUGGAGAGAUGUCAACGUCUGCACAACCUGUGACAGAUAACGUACUAUCUACAACAUUGCAGACGAAAACUACAAUCGGAGAAGAGAAUUUACCUUCGAAUCCAUCUCAAACAACGGAAGAUACGAUAAAUACUUUGAGCACUAUUAUUAAUACCGUCGAGACGUCUUCGGAAAUAUAUACAACUUCUCCUGAGGGAAUAACCACUGAAAAAUCAGCUAUUACAAAUGACGACGCACAAACAACAACUGUGAAUAUCGAGGCUACUACACAGGCUGCGAUAUGCCUGCCGGGUGCAUUUGGUAAUAUUCCCCAUCCGACUCUAUGCAACUCAUUCUAUAUGUGUACGGGAGGAAUUCCGAUACUGCUGCAUUGCAGUGAUGGAUUCGAAUUCGACCCAGAGAUUUCCGACUGCGUACCGAUUUCCGAUAGUGGUUGUACCGCUUCAAGAGUGACAUCAACCACCGACAGUAUUACGACAAUAUACGAUUCCACAACAAUUAGCGGGGAAUCAACCCACCAUGUCACGGAUAUUAGUACCGAUCAAACACAUACACUAACAACAGAAGCCACCGACCGGACACUGAGUACUGACGAAAACAAUACUACUUCGGAAGGCCCUACAUCUACAACUUUUAAAAUAGAAGAGACUACCAGUAAUACUAAAUAUGAAAGUACAUUAACAACAUCAAAAGAAACGGUCCCUGAGGAUACUACAAAAGUGUCACAAACUACAACUGAAACUGUACACACCAUUGAAUAUUCUACGACAGAAAAUCCGAAAAUUACUUCAGAUAUAUUGAGCACUUUAGAGAAUUCUCAGACGGACUCAACCCAAUCUACUGUUGGAGAGAUGUCAACAUCUGCACAACCUGUGACAGAUAACGUACUAUCUACAACAUUGCAGACGAAAACUACAAUCGGAGAAGAGAAUUUACCUUCGAAUCCAUCUCAAACAACGGAAGAUACGAUAAAUACUUUGAGCACUAUUAUUAAUACCGUCGAGACGUCUUCGGAAACAUAUACAACUUCUGCUGAGGGAAUAACCACUGAAAAAUCAGCUAUUACAAAUGACGACGCACAAACAACAACUGUGAAUAUCGAGGCUACUACACAGGCUGCGAUAUGCCUGCCGGGUGCAUUUGGUAAUAUUCCCCAUCCGACUCUAUGCAACUCAUUCUAUAUGUGUACGGGAGGAAUUCCGAUACUGCUGCAUUGCAGUGAUGGAUUCGAAUUCGACCCAGAGAUUUCCGACUGCGUACCGAUUUCCGAUAGUGGUUGUACCGCUUCAAGAGUGACAUCAACCACCGACAGUAUUACGACAAUAUACGAUUCCACAACAAUUAGCGGGGAAUCAACCCACCAUGUCACGGAUAUUAGUACCGAUCAAACACAUACACUAACAACAGAAGCCACCGACCGGACACUGAGUACUGAUGAAAACAAUACUACUUCGGAAGGCCCUACAUCUACAACUUUUAAAAUAGAAGAGACUACCAGUAAUACUAAAUAUGAAAGUACAUUAACAACAUCAAAAGAAACGGUCCCUGAGGAUACUACAAAAGUGUCACAAACUACAACUGAAACUGUACACACCAUUGAAUAUUCUACGACAGAAAAUCCGAAAAUUACUUCAGAUAUAUUGACCACUUUAGAGAAUUCUCAGACGGACUCAACCCAAUCUACUGUUGGAGAGAUGUCAACAUCUGCACAACCUGUGACAGAUAACGUACUAUCUACAACAUUGCAGACGAAAACUACAAUCGGAGAAGAGAAUUUACCUUCGAAUCCAUCUCAAACAACGGAAGAUACGAUAAAUACUUUGAGCACUACUAUUAAUACCGUCGAGACGUCUUCGGAAAUAUAUACAACUUCUCCUGAGGGAAUAACCACUGACAAAUCAGCUAUUACAAAUGACGACGCACAAACAACAACUGUGAAUAUCGAGGCUACUACACAGGCUGCGAUAUGCCUGCCGGGUGCAUUUGGUAAUAUUCCCCAUCCGACUCUAUGCAACUCAUUCUAUAUGUGUACGGGAGGAAUUCCGAUACUGCUGCAUUGCAGUGAUGGAUUCGAAUUCGACCCAGAGAUUUCCGACUGCGUACCGAUUUCCGAUAGUGGUUGUACCGCUUCAAGAGUGACAUCAACCACCGACAGUAUUACGACAAUAUACGAAUCUACAACAAUUAGCGGGGAAUCAACCCACCAUGUCACGGAUGUUAGUACCGAUCAAACACAUACACUAACAACAGAAGCCACCGACUGGACACUGAGUACUGACAAAAACAAUACUACUUCGGAAGGCCCUGCAUCUACAACUUUUAAAAUAGAAGAGACUACCAGUAAUACUAAAUAUGAAAGUACAUUAACAACAUCAAAAGAAACGGUCCCUGAGGAUACUACAAAAGUGUCACAAACUACAACUGAAACUGUACACACCAUUGAAUAUUCUACGACAGAAAAUCCGAAAAUUACUUCAGAUAUAUUGACCACUUUAGAGAAUUCUCAGACGGACUCAACCCAAUCUACUGUUGGAGAGAUGUCAACAUCUGCACAACCUGUGACAGAUAACGUACUAUCUACAACAUUGCAGACGAAAACUACAAUCGGAGAAGAGAAUUUACCUUCGAAUCCAUCUCAAACAACGGAAGAUACGAUAAAUACUUUGAGCACUAUUAUUAAUACCGUCGAGACGUCUUCGGAAAUAUAUACAACUUCUCCUGAGGGAAUAACCACUGACAAAUCAGCUAUUACAAAUGACGACGCACAAACAACAACUGUGAAUAUCGAGGCUACUACACAGGCUGCGAUAUGCCUGCCGGGUGCAUUUGGUAAUAUUCCCCAUCCGACUCUAUGCAACUCAUUCUAUAUGUGUACGGGAGGAAUUCCGAUACUGCUGCAUUGCAGUGAUGGAUUCGAAUUCGACCCAGAGAUUUCCGACUGCGUACCGAUUUCCGAUAGUGGUUGUACCGCUUCAAGAGUGACAUCAACCACCGACAGUAUUACGACAGUAUACGAAUCUACAACAAUUAGCGGGGAAUCAACCCACCAUGUCACGGAUAUUAGUACCGAUCAAACACAUACACUAACAACAGAAGCCACCGACCGGACACUGAGUACUGACAAAAACAAUACUACUUCGGAAGGCCCUGCAUCUACAACUUUUAAAAUAGAAGAGACUACCAGUAAUACUAAAUAUGAAAGUACAUUAACAACAUCAAAAGAAACGGUCCCUGAGGAUACUACAAAAGUGUCACAAACUACAACUGAAACUGUACACACCAUUGAAUAUUCUACGACAGAAAAUCCGAAAAUUACUUCAGAUAUAUUGACCACUUUAGAGAAUUCUCAGACGGACUCAACCCAAUCUACUGUUGGAGAGAUGUCAACGUCUGCACAACCUGUGACAGAUAACGUACUAUCUACAACAUUGCAGACGAAAACUACAAUCGGAGAAGAGAAUUUACCUUCGAAUCCAUCUCAAACAACGGAAGAUACGAUAAAUACUUUGAGCACUACUAUUAAUACCGUCGAGACGUCUUCGGAAAUAUAUACAACUUCUGCUGAGGGAAUAACCACUGACAAAUCAGCUAUUACAAAUGACGACGCACAAACAACAACUGUGAAUAUCGAGGCUACUACACAGGCUGCGAUAUGCCUGCCGGGUGCAUUUGGUAAUAUUCCCCAUCCGACUCUAUGCAACUCAUUCUAUAUGUGUACGGGAGGAAUUCCGAUACUGCUGCAUUGCAGUGAUGGAUUCGAAUUCGACCCAGAGAUUUCCGACUGCGUACCGAUUUCCGAUAGUGGUUGUACCGCUUCAAGAGUGACAUCAACCACCGACAGUAUUACGACAAUAUACGAUUCCACAACAAUUAGCGGGGAAUCAACCCACCAUGUCACGGAUAUUAGUACCGAUCAAACACAUACACUAACAACAGAAGCCACCGACCGGACACUGAGUACUGAUGAAAACAGUACUACUUCGGAAGGCCCUGCAUCUACAACUUUUAAAAUAGAAGAGACUACCAGUAAUACUAAAUAUGAAAGUACAUUAACAACAUCAAAAGAAACGGUCCCUGAGGAUACUCCAAAAGUGUCACAAACUACAACUGAAACUGUACACACCAUUGAAUAUUCUACGACAGAAAAUCCGAAAAUUACUUCAGAUAUAUUGACCACUUUAGAGAAUUCUCAGACGGACUCAACCCAAUCUACUGUUGGAGAGAUGUCAACGUCUGCACAACCUGUGACAGAUAACGUACUAUCUACAACAUUGCAGACGAAAACAACAAUCGGAGAAGAGAAUUUACCUUCGAAUCCAUCUCAAACAACGGAAGAUACGAUAAAUACUUUGAGCACUAUUAUUAAUACCGUCGAGACGUCUUCGGAAAUAUAUACAACUUCUGCUGAGGGAAUAACCACUGAAAAAUCAGCUAUUACAAAUGACGACGCACAAACAACAACUGUGAAUAUGGAGGCUACUACACAGGCUGCGAUAUGCCUGCCGGGUGCAUUUGGUAAUAUUCCCCAUCCGACUCUAUGCAACUCAUUCUAUAUGUGUACGGGAGGAAUUCCGAUACUGCUGCAUUGCAGUGAUGGAUUCGAAUUCGACCCAGAGAUUUCCGACUGCGUACCGAUUUCCGAUAGUGGUUGUACCGCUUCAAGAGUGACAUCAACCACCGACAGUAUUACGACAAUAUACGAUUCCACAACAAUUAGCGGGGAAUCAACCCACCAUGUCACGGAUAUUAGUACCGAUCAAACACAUACACUAACAACAGAAGCCACCGACCGGACACUGAGUACUGACGAAAACAAUACUACUUCGGAAGGCCCUACAUCUACAACUUUUAAAAUAGAAGAGACUACCAGUAAUACUAAAUAUGAAAGUACAUUAACAACAUCAAAAGAAACGGUCCCUGAGGAUACUACAAAAGUGUCACAAACUACAACUGAAACUGUACACACCAUUGAAUAUUCUACGACAGAAAAUCCGAAAAUUACUUCAGAUAUAUUGAGCACUUUAGAGAAUUCUCAGACGGACUCAACCCAAUCUACUGUUGGAGAGAUGUCAACGUCUGCACAACCUGUGACAGAUAACGUACUAUCUACAACAUUGCAGACGAAAACUACAUUCGGAGAAGAGAAUUUACCUUCCAAUCCAUCUCAAACAACGGAAGAUACGAUAAAUACUUUGAGCACUAUUAUUAAUACCGUCGAGACGUCUUCGGAAAUAUAUACAACUUCUCCUGAGGGAAUAACGACUGAAAAAUCAGCUAUUACAAAUGACGACGCACAAACAACAACUGUGAAUAUCGAGGCUACUACACAGGCUGCGAUAUGCCUGCCGGGUGCAUUUGGUAAUAUUCCCCAUCCGACUCUAUGCAACUCAUUCUAUAUGUGUACGGGAGGAAUUCCGAUACUGCUGCAUUGCAGUGAUGGAUUCGAAUUCGACCCAGAGAUUUCCGACUGCGUACCGAUUUCCGAUAGUGGUUGUACCGCUUCAAGAGUGACAUCAACCACCGACAGUAUUACGACAAUAUACGAUUCCACAACAAUUAGCGGGGAAUCAACCCACCAUGUCACGGAUAUUAGUACCGAUCAAACACAUACACUAACAACAGAAGCCACCGACCGGACACUGAGUACUGAUGAAAACAAUACUACUUCGGAAGGCCCUGCAUCUACAACUUUUAAAAUAGAAGAGACUACCAGUAAUACUAAAUAUGAAAGUACAUUAACAACAUCAAAAGAAACGGUCCCUGGGGAUACUCCAAAAGUGUCACAAACUACAACUGAAACUGUACACACCAUUGAAUAUUCUACGACAGAAAAUCCGAAAAUUACUUCAGAUAUAUUGACCACUUUAGAGAAUUCUCAGACGGACUCAACCCAAUCUACUGUUGGAGAGAUGUCAACGUCUGCACAACCUGUGACAGAUAACGUACUAUCUACAACAUUGCAGACGAAAACUACAUUCGGAGAAGAGAAUUUACCUUCGAAUCCAUCUCAAACAACGGAAGAUACGAUAAAUACUUUGAGCACUAUUAUUAAUACCGUCGAGACGUCUUCGGAAAUAUAUACAACUUCUGCUGAGGGAAUAACCACUGAAAAAUCAGCUAUUACAAAUGACGACGCACAAACAACAACUGUGAAUAUGGAGGCUACUACACAGGCUGCGAUAUGCCUGCCGGGUGCAUUUGGUAAUAUUCCCCAUCCGACUCUAUGCAACUCAUUCUAUAUGUGUACGGGAGGAAUUCCGAUACUGCUGCAUUGCAGUGAUGGAUUCGAAUUCGACCCAGAGAUUUCCGACUGCGUGCCGAUUUCCGAUAGUGGUUGUACCGCUUCAAGAGUGACAUCAACCACCGACAGUAUUACGACAAUAUACGAUUCUUCAACAAUUAGCGGGGAAUCAACCCACCAUGUCACGGAUAUUAGUACCGAUCAAACUCAUACACUAACAACAGAAGCCACCGACUGGACACUGAAUACUCACGAAAACAAUACUACUUCGGAAGGCCCUGCAUCUACAACUUUUAAAAUAGAAGAGACUACCAUUAAUACUAAAUAUGAAAGUACAUUAACAACAUCAGAAGAAAUUGUCCCUGAGUAUACUACAAAAGUGUCACAAACUACAACUGAAACUGUACACACCACUGAAUAUUCUACGACAGAAAACCCGAAAAUUACUUCAGAUAUAUUGACCACUUUAGAGAAUUCUCAGACGGACUCAACCCAAUCUACUGUUGGAGAGAUGUCAACGUCUGCACAACCUGUGACAGAUAACGUACUAUCUACAACAUUGCAGACGAAAACUACAAUCGGAGAAGAGAAUUUACCUUCGAAUCCAUCUCAAACAACGGAAGAUACGAUAAAUACUUUGAGCACUAUUAUUAAUACCGUCGAGACGUCUUCGGAAAUAUAUACAACUUCUGCUGAGGGAAUAACCACUGAAAAAUCAGCUAUUACAAAUGACGACGCACAAACAACAACUGUGAAUAUCGAGGCUACUACACAGGCUGCGAUAUGCCUGCCGGGUGCAUUUGGUAAUAUUCCCCAUCCGACUCUAUGCAACUCAUUCUAUAUGUGUACGGGAGGAAUUCCGAUACUGCUGCAUUGCAGUGAUGGAUUCGAAUUCGACCCAGAGAUUUCCCAAUGUGUACCAAUAUCUGAAAACGGAUGUACAGCGCAAGGAGUCAGUACUACGCAAGCUAAACCUGAAAAUUAUGAUACAUCAACAGUAAGUGUUGAUGAUGUUAAUACGAAUUCAAGUUCAAAAGAAAUGACAUUUAUACAAACUGAGUUUACAACCGAAAGAAUGGAUUCAACUAGAUAUGAAUUAGAUUACACAACGAAACGGGAGACAUUAGAACAAGGAGAUACAACUAUUCCAUUAAAAACCACGACAGUAGUAGAAAUAUGUCCACCUGGCGUAUUCGGCAAUGUUGCACAUCCUGAUUUAUGCAGCUACUUUUAUAUGUGUACUGGUGGAAUGGCAAUUGAACUCCAUUGUAGCCCUGGAUUCGAAUUUGAUCCUGUGCUUUCCCAAUGCGUCUUGAUAUCAGACAGCGGAUGUACAGCGAUGAAGAAAUAG